AUGUGUAGAGUUUUUCCUACCAGUUUGACAGGAGCAGCACUAGAGUGGUUCAGGAAUAGACCGCAUAAGUCCAUCCCGGAUUACGUAACUCUAUGCACCAUGUUCCUGGCACAGUAUUGCGGAAAUAAGAAGAAAAAGAAGAGCAUUGCCAGCCUCUUCACCGUAAGGCAGAAAAGGGGGGAUACAUUGCAGGAUUUCUUGUCAAGAUUCAACACGGAGGCCUCAGAAAUAGCGGAUUGUCAUCCCGCAACUGCUAUAGAGACAUUUAAACUCGCGAUAAUUCAGGGGACGAAGUUCCACACUUCCUUAGUCAAGUAUUCUCCUCCCGACAUGCAGACUCUAAAUGCCAAGGCCCAGAUCUACAUUUGGCUUGAGGAAAAUAUAGCCCACCGAGCGCAGCACGCCACCCUCGUGACAGUGGAAAACAAGCCUCGAGAAAGAAUUCCAACUCCAAAGAUUCAAAAAAGCCAACGUUCCUCAACGUCGAUCACCCAGGCACCUGAAAAAAGAUCCCUUAGGCGACAGGUGGAGAAUAUGAUCGCCAGAGGUGAGUUGACGGAUUACCUCAUGACAAAGGAGUAUGUAAAGCCCCGCGAGGUCUAUCCCCGCAAGGUAGAAGGUACGCAAGUAAAAGUUAUCAAUGCAAUACAUGGCAGGUCUGAAGAUGAUCAAGAGUUCAAGGAGGUGUACAGAUUCAGACUGAGGGCGACCCACAAGCUCAGGAAGAUAUCCUUGGUCAAUGCUAUCAAUUCGGGUAGCAUCAGUAUUGGAUUUGGAGAUGGCGACCUAUCCAGAGUGCAACUCCCCCACGAGGAUCCAUUGGUCAUCAUUCUUUUAGUGGCCAAUUGUAUGAUCAUAAGGGUUUUGGUAGAUCUAGGAAGUAACGCCAUCAUAAUCACAAAGACGAUCUUUGAUCAGUUAGAGAUCCCGUCAUCAUCUAUUCGACCUACCUCCAGCCCGUUGAUGGGAUUUGAUGGCACAAGAGUAGAUCCCCUUGGAGUAAUAGACUUGUCCGUAACCGUGGCGAAGAGGACUCUGAAGGAGAACUUUGUUUUAACAGAGAUCCAUCAUUCUUACAAUCUCAUCAUGGGAAGAGGCUGGAUACAUCGGAUGAGAGGAGUUCCGUCCACCCUUUACCAGGUGAUGCGGUGCUUAUCUUCGGACGAGAAAGAAGUAAAAGAGGAAGAGGAAAUUGCAAAGCCCACCGAGGAGACCCUCGAAGCCGUGGAAGUUAUCCUAGGCGACCCUCAGAAAGUUACUUAUCUAGGCUCUUCUUCCACGUCCGAAGAAAAUGAGGCAUUAAUUGAUGUUAUCCGGAGCAAUGCAGAUGCCUUUGCGUGGGAUCACUCAGACAUGGUAGGGAUCGAUCCCUUAGUUUCCUACCAUAGUCUGAAGAUGGAUCCAGAGUUCAAACCGGUUAAGCAGAAACACCGAAGGUUUGCCCCUGAACGCAAUCACAUUAUAGCUGAAAAAGUGAGCAAAUUGUUGCAAGCAGGUUUCAUUCGAGAAGUGCAAUAUCCACAGUAG